AUGUUGUUGGUCAAGUUUCAAAAGUUCCAAGGUCAACGUUGUCACGGAGGGAUGCAGGCAUUUGGCAGUUACGAAAACGCAUCAAAACAAUUCGAGCGCUCGGUCAAUGCCGUACAAAAGAUUCUCGGGAGUACAGUUUUUGAACUUCCCCAUCGAACCAAGAAAUUUUCACCGAGAGCAUCACCUCUGAAAGAAGAGACGAGCGAGGAGCCUGAAGCACUCGAUACAUUGAAAACAAUUCAGGAGCGAGAGCAAUAUUUGCUACAAACUGACCGGAAACUGUCUCCACUUGAACAGAACUUCGUCGAUUUGGCAAAAAUCUCCACAGCAAAGGACGUAAUAAUUGAUCAGCAACGAACGGAAAUGCAGAAUAAAACCGAAUUGUUGCAAAAGAGCGAAGCUGAGAGCAAGGUGGUCCAGAGUCGUUGCGAAGAGCUAGAAGCUCGACUGAAAGCUAUGGACGAAGAGUUGAACAUGUUGCGGAAGAUGGGCUGUGAACAGGAAUACCUUGGAGAUAAGGUAAAAGAGCUGUCAUCACACUUGCUGAACAAAGAGGCGGAAUUAGCUCGGACUCGCGAAGAGCUGGAAGCAAAAUGUACUCGACUGUCUGAUGAACUACGAGAAGCAAGAGAGAAAAGCUCGUCACUGGCCCUGAAUUUGGAGACUGCAACGGAAAAAAGCUCAGAGCUUGCCGAACAACUCCAAAAUGCAAUUGUUUCACGAGAUUUGCUCAACAAUGAACUCACUCAGCUGAGACCCCUGGCACGCGCUGUCGACAUUGAAAUGUAUAUUCAUUUUAAGAACGCUGAUGGUGUCAUAGCGUACUUGGAUGCGGUGGAAAACGCGAAGCGGCAUCAGGCCGAGGCGGCACAAGCUCAAGCCGCGGUUGAAGAGAUUAAGACCAGAUACGACGAGCUGAGCGAGCUGCAAACCAAUGUUAUCAAGGACAACACUAGACUGCAUGAGAGAAAUGCUGAGCUGGAGGCGCAGGCCGAAAAAUUCAAUGGUGAAAUACAAAACUUGAACGAGGACUGGAAAAGGAAGUUAGAAAAGGAGAAAAUGGAGUGGGACCAGGCGCAUCGCGAAAUCGAGACGGAAUGUGCACAAAUGAAAAAGCAGCUGGUUGAUCUGCAGGACGUACUGGCAACGGUCACUCGAGAUGCCACCGAAAACUCGCGCAGGGCUUCUGAAAUGCAACGCUCGAGAGACGAAUUAAAGCGAGCUCUAGAGAUGGCGGAAUUGAAAGUGCAGGAACCGUUAAAGCGCAAAAUUCGGACCCUUUCUGACGAUCUUCGUGAAUCGGAACUGAAGGUUUCUGAACUCACUGGUCUCGUCGCAAGCCUCACUGCUGACGCCCAUAACAGUCAGCGUGAUAUUGGAGAUAUUCUUAAAUGA